CUCUGUAACAACCCCUACCGCUUGAGAGAUGCCAGACUCCAGCGCACACUCACGGCCCUGGGAGCUGGGAGCUGCAUAGGAGCACCGACACUGACUCUCCUGAUCACUACAGCUAAUCUGGAAGACAAGUCUUUUUGUUUCAACGCACGGGAACUAAACGCGCAUCUAAAGGAAUAAGGAGUUUUUAUGCCAGUUUUUUCAUCAGAAAGCGGCAGUUUGCUCAAUCAUGAUCAUCUUCUCAUCGCGCAGUGUACUGCUGUCAGUCUACUACCCGCAGAUCUUCCUCAUCCUCACCAGCGGUAGCUACCUGGCCCUUUCCUCUGUGGUGGCUUUGGGUGCCAAUAUCAUCUGCAAUAAGAUUCCUGGGCUGGCCCCCCGCCAGAGGGCCAUCUGUCAGAGCCGCCCAGACGCCAUUAUCGUCAUAGGGGAGGGCGCACAGCUGGGCAUCAAUGAGUGUCAGUACCAGUUCCGCUACGGCCGCUGGAACUGCUCAGCUCUGGGGGAGCGGACCGUCUUUGGGCAGGAGCUUCGAGUAGGCAGCAGGGAGGCGGCGUUCACCUAUGCCAUCACAGCGGCAGGCGUGGCCCACGCCAUCACGGCGGCCUGCAGCCAGGGCAACCUGAGCCACUGCGGCUGCGACCGGGAGAAGCAGGGCUACUACAACCAGGAGGAGGGCUGGAAGUGGGGCGGCUGCUCGGCCGACAUCAAGUACGGCAUCGACUUCUCCCGCCGCUUCGUGGACGCCCGCGAGAUUAAAAAAAACGCCCGGAGGCUGAUGAACCUGCACAAUAACGAGGCGGGAAGGAAGGUUCUGGAGGAGCGGAUGAAGCUGGAGUGUAAGUGCCACGGAGUGUCGGGCUCAUGCACCACCAAGACCUGCUGGACCACGCUGCCCAAGUUCCGCGAGAUCGGCUACAUCCUGAAGGACAAGUACAACAAAGCGGUCCACGUGGAGGUGGUCCGUGCCAGCCGGCUGCGACAGCCCACCUUCCUCAAGGUGAAGAAGUCCCAGAGCUACCGCAAGCCCAUCGAGACCGACCUGGUCUACAUCGAGCGCUCGCCCAACUACUGCGAGAAGGACGCCAAGACGGGCAGCGUGGGCACCCAGGGGCGCCUGUGCAACCGCACCUCGCCGCACACGGACGGCUGUGACCUCAUGUGCUGCGGCCGAGGGUACAACACGCACCAGUACACCAAAGUGUGGCAGUGCAACUGCAAGUUCCAGUGGUGCUGCUUUGUCAAGUGCAACACGUGCAGUGAGAGGACGGAGGUGUUCACCUGUAAAUAAGGGACAGGGGGAGACGCAGCUCAAACACGGAGGGAGAAGGGGGGGAAGAUUGGACAGACAGCUUAGGGGAAACCCAGAAUGAGAGAAAGCGAGAGGGAGUGGGUGUGAAAGAGGAGAGAGAGAGAGAGAGAGCGAGAAAGAAUGAAAGAGUGAGAGAUGGUUUUGGACCAGUGGAGUGGGAAUAGAAUGGAAAUUACAAUAUCAGCUCUUCAUGGCAUCAUUUUGCACAGCAGAAUCUAUAUUUGCUUUAACACAAAGUAAAGGCUAAAUAUCACUAGGUACAACCCCAGCUCUUGAUUGAGUUAAGAAUAUUGGGUGCUCAUGCACUGAUGUAUCCACACUGACUGGAAGUUCUGACUGCAGGAUACAAAUCAUGCCCUGGCUGGGGACUGUGCAUUGCACUCUGGGAUUUGUAGUUCUUUAUUCCAAGGGAUGCAUACUGAGAACAAGACCGAGUGACUCGUGGGACGUGGAAAGUGACGGGAAUUGCUCUGAGCAAAAAAGGGUUUCAAAUGUUCUGUUCACAGCUUUUGAGUCUCAAACUCUUGGGUUUCAAGAAAGGGGACAGCAGAGAUGAAAGUACGAUGGCAAAAAAACUGGCAACUUGACUGUGCCAAAAUGAAGAACGCUUUGGUAGUGCAGUGUCCACGGGAGCACUGGAAGCUGAAAUGGGGAGGUUUCUACCGUAAGCCUUCUACUGCCAACUGGAAAAUGGUGGAGUAUGUUAGUCGUCCAGUCACACUGGAACUGUCUGUUUGAACACUGAAAAUAAAUUGUUUAUUUAUGUAAUAGUAUCUUAAAACAAAGCACUAACGGGUAGAAAUGUCUUAUUUUGUACUAAGUGUAAAAGAGAGAAAAAAACGUUUUUAGAAACUCUGACUGAAGGUGCGUGUCUUUUAGAAAAAAAAAACCUCCCACCAUUUCCCAACCAAAAAGCCCUUGAUUUCCAAAAUGUUUUCAGUGGUUUCACUUCUGGUGUGUGUUGACUUCAGAAAUCAACUCAUAGAACAGUAUAUUUCUCAAUCAAAUGGGUUCUAUUUUUCUCUAGCAUAGCUUUUGUUUGCAGUCAGAUAUGCACUAUGAUUCCUGUUCCCGGUUAUUAUGCAUUUCCAGACAUAGACAAGAAGACAACUUUCUUAAGCUGCAAAAAAAAAAUCCUCAAAAAACAAACAAAAAAAAGAAACCCUUCCUCGAUUCAUUAAACGUGACAUUAAUAUGUUGCUGGAUAUGUUGUCGAGUGCUGCACUGAUAUUUUUUCUAUUCAGAUACAACUCAAAUGAAACUAAAUAAAUAUCAAUUUGUCUGAGUUCUGAUAUUUAUUUGAGAGGCUAAUCCUGCAGAAGAUUCAUGAAUCAGAGAAGGGAGUCCACAACUCCACAAUAUGUCCACAACCUUCAGAAAAGAAUCUCACCACCAUCAUCAUUGAAAUGCCAACUGCUGCUCUCUUGCAACAUAUUUACAGUGCAUUUCAGUAAACUCUUCACAGAACAUCUCAAAGAAUCUAUUUGUCCAUAGAUUUAAUGUCAAACUGUUAUAUAGAACACAUCAAAAUGUAUAACUAAAGGAGUUUUGAUAUGUGAAGAUGUACUUACAUUUAUUCACAGUUAGAGAAAAGUAUUUUUCUGGCCUUUCUGUUGACAUUUAACAUAAUUUGUGAUAAAUAUAUGGAAUGAUCGUUCACUUUAUUUUACUUUUACAGAGUUAAAUUUAGGCCUGCCUAUGUCCUAUUUUGGGACUUGUCUUUUUUCAACAAUGGUAUAUUGUAUUUACCAGGAACAACUUAUAGCUGGGCUACACCGGGAGAGCAACUGGGUCCGUUUACAGAGUGUGUGUUGCAACAAUUAGCUUCCACUAUCGUCAGUGGAACUGGCUGCUGCGCACAUCCCAAGAAAAUUAGACCAGUCUUCUACUACUAUUUUAUGCUCUGUGAACGGAACACUUCAGUUAGGAGCACGGUGUAGUCCUGCUGUUAGAUACGUGAGUUGUGUAAGUUUCAGCAUGUUAAUGUGAAUUUUCUGUAUAGAUAGUCAAUUAUGAACAGUCAUUUUAGACUAUAGGAGACUUUAUUUAGUUUGUCCAGGUGUAUUCUCUCUGGCCAAGUCAAAGCUAACAGAUAAGGCAUUAAAAGUCAUUGAUGCUUGUUAAUAUAAAGAUGUGUGUAUAUACCUGACAGAAUUACAAUACAAAAGGAAAGGAUAGUAGGCUCACUUGGCAUUGCUUCACCAGGUGGUGAAAUUAACAAAAACACUUUGAACACACGCUCUGCUCCAUAACCAUAACAACAGUGAGUCAAACAAGGACAAAACAUACCGCCACCUUCCAGCAAAUGACAAAUGCUAAAAAGGCAGCUCAUUAAAUGUACAUUUCACAUUGUGUCAAGUCACAUUACAUAUGGAUGGAUAUGGAUAGAUUCCAUGCUUCUAAAAAGCAAGAUGAAGCCGUGGCAUAUUAGCCCUGUCAAAGCCCAGAUUUGGGGUUGCUUGCAGAAGUGGAGCACAGUUAAAAUGUCUGGCCAUUGUGUGCAUCACAUUUGAGCCAGCGAGGGCAAGGGAAAAAAACGUCCCUUAUUCAGAAGUUCCAACCACCCUUAAUAUGUCUAUUGGCGAUGUGGAGAAAACAUAAAUCAUUAAAUA